CAGCAGCCAUAUACACACUGAUUCCAAAAUAACAACAAACCGGGCGCGGUAAUAAAAAAAAAAAAAUUGGCAAUUUGCCGAGAUGUAACUUUUCAACAAAUCCAUUCAACAAAUCGCUUCAGUGGAGAGAGCGGAGAACAGCAUGGGAAAGAAAUACAGCGACUGGUCUGGAAGGCUCUGUUAACGACUGUUUACCACUGUCAGCUUUACUGCCUUUAGUUUUCCAAGGAAUUGACAGGUGACAAAGCCAAACGGCUCAUCUCACACCAGAAUGGGUAUUAAGAAGCUUGCCAUCUUCCUCCUGGUACUCUCUCUUUGUCUAGAGGGAGGAUCUGCCAAAGAAAAAGGGACAAAGAAGGGAAAGAAAAAGGGGAAGCAGGUUUACUGUCCAUCACAGCUGUCAUCUGAGGAUCUGGCCCGAGUCCCUGCGAAUUCAACCAGUAACAUCUUGAACAGGUUACUGAUCACCUAUGAUCCCAGAAUAAGGCCCAACUUCAAAGGUAUCCCCGUGGAAGACAGAGUGAACAUUUUCAUCAACAGUUUUGGCUCCAUCCAAGAAACGACCAUGGAUUACAGAGUUAACAUCUUCCUGCGGCAGCGGUGGAAUGACCCUCGGCUAAAGCUACCGCAGGACUUCAAGUCUGAUUCUCUCACCGUCGAUCCAAAGAUGUUUAAGUGUCUCUGGAAACCCGACCUGUUCUUCGCCAACGAGAAGAGCGCCAACUUUCACGAUGUAACCCAGGAGAACAUUCUCCUCUUCAUUUUCCGUAACGGAGACGUCCUCAUCAGUAUGAGGUUGUCUGUGACUCUUUCCUGUCCUCUGGAUCUCACACUGUUCCCGAUGGACACACAGAGGUGUAAGAUGCAACUAGAAAGCUUUGGCUACACCACAGACGACCUGCAGUUUAUGUGGCAGACGGGAGACCCGGUGCAAAUGGAUGCCAUCGCUCUGCCACAGUUUGAUAUCAGACAAGAAGAUAUUGAUUAUGGGAACUGCACCAAAUUCUAUUCGGGAACAGGGUACUACACUUGCGUAGAGGUCAUCUUCACCCUAAGGAGACAGGUUGGCUUCUACAUGAUGGGUGUUUACGCCCCCACGCUGCUCAUCGUGGUCCUCUCCUGGCUGUCCUUCUGGAUCAACCCUGAUGCGAGUGCCGCCAGGGUGCCUUUGGGCAUCCUCUCAGUGCUCUCUCUGUCCUCUGAGUGCACCUCCCUGGCUUCAGAGCUGCCCAAAGUGUCCUACGUCAAGGCCAUCGACAUCUGGCUCAUCGCUUGCCUGCUGUUUGGUUUCGCCUCGCUGGUGGAGUACGCCGUGGUUCAAGUGAUGCUCAACAGCCCGAAGCGCAUUGAGGCCGAGAAGGCCAAGAUAGCAUCCAAGGAGAAGGCGUUGGGAAAGAGCCCCGCUGCAAAGAACAACACGGUCAAUGGGACCGGAGGGACGCCGCUCCAUGUCAGCACUUUGCACGUCAGUGGAUCUGGUUUGAUAACUCAAGUGGCGGAGACUCGCUGUAAGAAGGUGUGCACCUCUAAAUCAGACCUGCGGACCAACGACUUCAGCAUCGUGGGUUCGCUCCCGCGGGACUUUGAGCUGUCAAACUUUGACUGCUACGGAAAGCCCAUCGAUAUUGCCAGUGCUCACGGCAAAUCCCAGGCUAAGAACAACAAGAAACCUCCUCCUCCGAAACCAGUCAUCCCCUCUGCUGCUAAGAGAGUCGACCUGUACGCCCGAGCCCUCUUCCCUUUCUCCUUCCUCUUCUUCAAUGUGGUGUAUUGGUCAGUGUACUUAUGACUAUUCCCGAAAUAUCUUGUAUUGCCAACUCCCGCCCCCACUUCACUCCCCUGAUUCUUUAUUGAUUACAUUUAAAAAGUUUAUUCCAAAGUGAACAUUGAGUGUGUUUUAAUGCACACUAGCAUCCUGGUUUUCAGUCUUAUCCUGUUUUUUAAAUUUUCCUGGGAUAUGGCAUUUACAUGAAACAUAAAAAAAACCCCUGGUUAUUCAUAUCCCUGUAUACAUGAUAAUUACUGUAUCCAGGUUUCUGAUCGUCUGCCUGCAGGUAUUCUCACUAUUUUAGCCACUAUCUUCUAUACUAUAAAUGUUCAGAAACCUGGAUAAGGUGUUAACGUGCAUAUUGUUUCUAUCAAAGUACUACAACUAGCAUAUCCAGGUUUCUAAAACCAGGAUGUUUACAUGAGAAACAGAUAACCAGGACACACCAAAAACCAAAUAUUGACCAGGAUGCACAUUAACGUGCACGAUAACGCACUCAGAGGGAAAUGUGAAUCCUACCUAUACAAGAUAUUGCUGAAAAGAAAAGAAAACUACUAUGUAUUAUUAAUGUUAUUACAUUUAUAUUUAAAUAAAAACAGACAACUGUCAUUCUUUGUGUAAUAAAAAAAUGAUUAUAACUUAAUCUUUAUUUAAUUAAAAAAGAUAUAUAGCAUAUUGUAUUGAAAUACCUAAUUUAUUGAUAAUGGUACUUGAGAGGCUAAUACAGGAUUGCAGAUAAAACUGUUGUGAAGAUCGAUUGUGUGACACCUGAGCAGAAGAUGCACAGAUCUAUAAAAGAGCAUUUGUAAAUAGCUGUUUGAUUUAUUCACCCCCUCGCCAAGGGGGAGUUUGCUCGCAAGUUUAAUAAGUUAAUGCAUUUUAUUUAAGCUUCGAUGCAAAGUGUAACAUUGUAAUUACAUUGCAUGUUGAAAAAAUUGCAUGUAUAUGAAUCUAAAUAUAUCUAUAAAGUAUUUAUUAAAUUUAUUAUUCCUAUGAUUUGCUCUUGAGGAGAUAUGGAUAUGUUGAAACACUGUUCCUGUUCAGAUGGUUAUGUGACACUGCCACCUUUCCAACUAAUGAAAUGUUUGACAUCACCCACCUGUAGUGUGUAUAAAUGGGUCACCAGUGAGUUGGGACCAUGUGUUUGUGAAAUUUACAAGACAAAUAAAUGAUCAAAUGUCUUUUUCACCAUUUGAUGUGAUUAAAAUUUAACACAGAGAUUUGAAGUCUCUAACACUG